AUGACUGACGGUAAACAAAUACAUUAUUCAUUCUCAUUGGCCGCCGGAGGACUGUUGGAGCUACGGCAUGAUGGGAACGAUAUUGAGGAACAUGGUGGACUGUGGAAGCUACGGCAUGAUGGGAACGAUAUUGAGGAACAUGGUGGACUGUGGAAGCUACGGCAUGAUGGGAACAAUAUUGAGGAACAUGGUGGACUGUGGAAGCUACGGCAUGAUGGGAACGAUAUUGAGGAACAUGGUGGACUGUGGAAGCUACGGCAUGAUGGGAACAAUAUUGAGGAACAUGGUGGACUGUGGAAGCUACGGCAUGAUGGGAACGAUAUUGAGGAACAUGGUGGACUGUGGGGCUACGGCAUGAUGGAACUGUGUAGGGAACAUAGUGGACUAUGGAAGCUACGGCAUGAUGGGAACGAUAUUGAGGAACAUGGUGGACUGUGGGAGCUACGGCAUGAUGGGGAACAAUAUUGA